AUGACAAUCGACGAGCAACAACCAGACCAACCAAAACAUGUUCUCCAACAAUACAAAAAGCCAGUUGUAGGGUUACUUGCAUUAGUAGGACUUGGAUUCAUGAUCAGAACUGUUCGUCGUCGAGCAGCCAAUAACAGAUUGUUUGAUCAAACUAUUGCACAAAACUCGGUUUUGAAUCCACGUCAUGGAGCUUACAUUUUUGCUAUUCAGACAUUCACAACAGCGACAACGCUUGUUGGAUGCGCUGCAGUGGCAAUCAGCAUGACAGUAGCUUCGGUCAUGAACGUUAAUUCUUUUCAAGAAUUCUCGGUUGCUAUACGAAGUUUUACACAGGAAAAAGUUCCUUGGCUGCAGGUUUCAGGAGAUGAAGAUUCACCCGAGAAUAUUCAAUCCACAAAAGAGUUUAUGGAAGAGUUGGCGCGAGAGUACGAGAUUGACGAGGAAGGGUAUAAAGAAACUCCUACAAAUCUGUUUUUGAAAAGCAUAGUCAAGAAGGAGAUGGGUCCGCUGGUGAAAUAA